GAUCUCAAUGCAUUGACAAAUGUGUAUGGUUACCGAGAGAGGGAUUCUGUUUUUUAAAAAGGGUGAGCGUAUCUUGGGCUACCCAGAGGAACCGUGCUAUCUUUGGUUUGUUAUGGAGUUCUGCGACGGCGGCGACCUCAACCAGUAUAUCCUCUCCCGGCGGCCUGACCCGCGGACCAACCGUAUUUUCAUGAAGCAGAUGACCAGCGCUGUGGCCUUCCUCCAUAAGAACAACAUCGUCCACCGAGACCUCAAACCAGACAACAUUCUCAUCUCACAGAAAUCCGGCAGUCCGGUGAUCAAGGUCUCCGACUUCGGCCUCAGCAAGGUUUGCGCGGGGCUCAGCUGCAUGGAGAGCGAAGGAGACAACCAGGUUAACAAAAACAUGGUGAACAUUAACAAAUUCUGGUUGUCGUCAGCAUGCGGCUCUGACUUCUACAUGGCGCCGGAGGUGUGGGAGGGCCACUACACCGCCAAGGCGGACAUUUUUGCACUCGGUAUCAUCAUUUGGGCCAUGAUCGAACGGAUCACGUUCAUCGACGCCGAGUCCAAGCGAGAGCUCCUCGGCACAUAUGUUCGCCAGGGGACCGAGAUCAUUCCGGUGGGCGAGGCCUUGCUGGAGAACCCGAAGAUGGUCCUGAACAUCCCACAGAAGACCCGGAGCAUCAUGUCUGAAGGCAUCAAGCUGCUUCUGCAGGACAUGUUGGCGGUCAACCCGCAGGACCGACCUGACGCGUCUCAGUUGGAGGUUAGAAUGGACCAAGUCACAUGUGUGGGGUAAGCCAACCCGAUUGGCCGAAGCAAGCACGUAACUUUUUCAGGUUUGCAGACCGAUGGAAGUGAAAAAGGGACAGCGGAUCCUGGAACUGUGAAUUGCGUUUUGUGACCGCUUCCAAAAAGCAGAAGUGAAAUCAAAUGACUUGACAUCUCUAUUUAAAAGCCCUCACAAGGAAAUGCUAUGCAGGUUAUUUCUACUCCGGUGCGUCGGAUUCCUCAUGCAAGUCUUCCAAACUGACCAUGCGUUUUUCCUGCUCAAAUCUCAGCAGCAAGGAUGUCACGUCCCUCUCGUUCUCUGCUGAGACUGUGCUGUUGUUUUGGGCCAGAUUUAGACGCAUGUCCUCAAACAAACAUAUCCGUGAAAACUACCUACCGCCCCAUUCGUCUGCAAGGGGUAUACCAGACAGUAUAGAUGUAAAUAGUUCGAUGCAGCUCUAGGAUCGAUCGAAUGUUGUUGAAUGCUCUAGAAUAUAUUUGAAGGAAGCUCACGACCACGAAGACGUACUGUGAAUGGUAUAAUGUGUAUGACUGGGUACAUAGUGGCCUGUCUUUCCUGUAGGUCCGAAUGUUUCUGACCCAAAACUACAGCACUUCUUUAAAAAAAUAGUAAUAAAUCACCUUUGUG